AUGUUGCUUUGUCACAUUACCUUUGGGGAUUUUCGAAAACUACAAAAACAUAGUAAAACAUUUGUCGGAUAUAAAAAUAUAUUAUUUGGUGCAUAUAAGACGCCUGUAGCAAGAAAUAUACCAGAAAAUAAUCUAGUUCGCAUUGUUGAUUAUCGUGGUACUAAAUUAACAUCAUUUAACGUUGAUGGAAGAGAAUUACUAUGUUUACCGCAAGCAUUUGAUCUAUUUUUAAAACAUCUGGUCGGAGGUCUACACACCGUAUAUACAAAAUUAAAACGAUUAGAAAUCAUCCCUGUAGUUUGUAAUGUCGAACAAGUAAGAAUCUUACGCGGUCUCGGUGCAAUUCAACCAGGCGUAAACAGAUGUAAACUAGUUGCUCCAAACGAGUUUGAUAUUUUAUACGAAGAUUGUACAAAUUCUGGGAAAGUAUUAUAUGUCUUCCUCUCUAGGCCUGGUCGACCACCAAAACGAAAUCCAUUAAUGUUGGAUAGUUACCAAGAUGAAAAACGAGCUAAAUUAUCAGCCAAUUUUUUAUUACGAACAUUUCCAGAAUUUGCUGCUCAAACUCUUAAAUAUCCUGUUUACAAUAGUUUUAUUCCGUAUUCAUCUAAUGAUGGAAACAAUGUUCAGCCGUUUGUUCACUCGUAUAGUUAUUCGGCAUUUUCACCCACUGUACCACGUGGUAUUGGUUUUCUAUCACAAGCAACAGAUCAUAGUAAUGAUAGCAAUACUAUAGAUUCAAAAUUUCCUCAAAAACACGAACAGCAUCUUCAUCAUCCACAUCUAAAUACAUUACAACAUCAUCCUGACGACACACUAAGAUUGAAACUAACUUCUAGUUCAGACUUAAAAGUACCAUCACCAUCGUAUAAAAAUCUUCUCUCGCGUAAGUACAUGCACUUUCUUUCCUUUUGCAAAGAAUAGACUUUUAUUCUGCUCUUUUCUUUUCCAAGUUGAGCAAUAGGCUAUUUCAAUUAACACCUUAUUAUAGAGUGACAUAUUCAAUUAGAAACAAAAGAGAACUAAACAAAACAUUUUUUAGUGAUAUCAAAUAUCUUCUCAACUGUGUGUGUGUCUUAAAUACACGGAUAAGAAAAUAUUUUUGUUAAUCUUAAUUAUAUAAGGGUCUCUCUCUCUCUCUAUAGAAAGGAAAAGAUGAUACACAUUUCAAUUCUGAGUUCGUUAUGGUGUAAAACAUUAUAGUUAAGGCGAGGUAUUGACAUCGAAAACUAUUCCCUAUCAGCACUAGAGUAGAAGAACAAGUCGUGUGCCAACGAUCUGUUCGUUGAUUGAACCAAUACACGACUGACAAAUAAAAUAAUUUUUCUUGUUGUUUGCGAAACAAAGAAAAUCUUGAACUUUUACAAGAAAAAGAAAUGUUUUGAUGUGAUAAUUAAACAUUUUUAUCAGUUAGGCGGUAGAAAACAGAAAAAAGCACUUGUAAAACGAGUCUACCAAGAGAUAUUUAUUCAAUUAAAAAUUCGCUUGAUGAACUAAAGAAUAUUUUCAUUUUUAAUUAUACUCAUAUUUCAAAAGUGAAGAAUGAUGGUUACUAAUUUCUUAUGUAACAACUACAUCAAGAUAUAUUAUUAUUUAUUGCCUAUACACCCUAAAAAUGACUCAUUUAGGCCUUUGUUUCUGUCUACUUUUUUAAAUCUAUUAGGAUUCUACCAACAUUUGUUUUCUUUCAACUCAUAUCCAUUCGACAUUUAAAAGAGUGAAAUGGCUAACAACACACAGAAAUCACUGAGUUCGUUAGUGAAGGUGAAAACUUUCGGACAUGUUGUUGUUUUUUGCUUCAAGUGUGUAUAUCAAUUUGUAUAGAAUAAUCCUCCAUAGAUGGCUAACGGUAGCGUUUAUUUUUCAAUGAUAUUCUAUUUAAUUGAUAACGUGCACAUACAAAGGCACUCAUUUGACGAUUGCCAAAAUUCAUUUAUAUCAGAUCUAUCUUAGUACACACGAAAGGUUUUUUUUUAAAAAGUUCGCUUCACAGAUCAUAACUAGUGGUUUCUUCGUUUUUUAUGCCAGUUACUUUUCUGACUUUAUUUAAGUUAAAUCCCAUUGCGAACACCAUUCAUCAUCCUAUUAAACUAUUAUUAUGAUUAGAACACGCGAACAUUUUUAUUUGUUAAAGAUGGCUAAGAAAAAAGAAAAGGGAGAAGAAAAACAAAUUAAAUCAUGUCACGGACAUUUUAAUAACAGAAUAGACUCUUCUAUGUGAUUGAAAAAGACAAGUAAAAAUGGCCUAAAGCAAUGAAUUAUCUUUUAAAUUAAAUUUUUCUUCCUCUGUGAUUAGUCUACAUUGAAAUCACCCAAAUGGUGUACCAUAGUUGCCGAAUUAGAAAAGGAAAGACGCAAGCAAAAUCUAUUUUCGCCAACGGACAUCAUACAACAGUAAAUUGCAUUGUAUUCUGUAGAAAAAAAUCUCCUUAGACUUAAAUUCUUUGCUUGUAUCAAAUAUAAAUAGGUUUAGAAGUCAAAUAACGUAGACGAUAAUAAAAGUUUAUCGAUCAAAAACUAUAGUUAAUCCAAAUGAAACGCAUUGAAAACUGUAGAAAAAAGCUUAUACUCACAAUUAAUCUUCGAAAUUGUUUAAAUUUAAAAAUCCGAAAUUCUUAUUUUGUUAGUCUGUCGGUUCACUUUUUAAUAUUAAUAUGGAAGAAAAUAACCUGAAUCUAGAAUUCCGACUGGGUUUGAUAUGAAAUGAUCGAAAAGAAAUUCAAAGUUUUUGCUACGAUCGAGAACAACAGUUAUUAUAGUUUUAUGUUUCAUAGAGAACUGAUAUCCCUAGAGAAAGUACUGAGUUCAAGGUACCCAUGUACUGAGAAAGCCUCAGCAAGGUACCCGAUAUGGGUACUUCGAAAAUUCUUAGUAAUUAUACUAAUGUAGGUACUGCAUUGGGUACCCA